CUCGGCCUGAGCGGCAUGGCGGCCUCCGCGUGGCUGGAGGCCGGCUUGGCCCGGGUGCUCUUCUACCCGACGCUGCUCUACACCGUGUUUCGAGAGAAGGUGCCCGGCCGGGCGCACCGCGACUGGUACCAUCGCAUCGAUCCCACGGUGCUGCUGGGCGCGCUGCGGCUGCGGAGCAUGACGAGCCGGCUGGUGCUGGACGAGAACGUGCGCGGGGUGAUCACCAUGAACGAGGAGUAUGAAACCAGGUUCCUGUGCAACUCCUCCAAGGAGUGGAAGAAUGUAGGAGUUGAGCAGCUGCGGCUGAGCACUGUGGACAUGACUGGGAUCCCCACCUUGGCCAACCUCCAGAAAGGAGUCCAGUUUGUUCUCAAGUACCGGUCACUGGGCCAGUGCGUCUAUGUGCAUUGUAAGGCUGGGCGCUCCAGAAGUGCCACUAUGGUGGCAGCAUAUCUGAUUCAGGUGCACAACUGGAGCCCAGAAGAGGCCGUAAGCGCCAUCACCAAGAUCCGAUCACACAUCCACGUCAGACCCGGCCAGUUGGAAGUUCUCAAAGAAUUCCACAAGAGUUCUUCAGGGGCAGCAAACAACAACACUGCUGACACAGCCAAGCUGUGA